UUGGAAACAUGCUGCAAGCCGACAGACAAGGCAGAGGCUCAUAGACAUCCACUCACACAUAGACACGCUCGAAGGCACUUUCAGCCAACAUGGGCCAGUUAUUGACCUGGAUCCGAGGCCCACAGGACGGCCAGGCCCUGCAGGAUGUGUCCGUGGAGGAGCAGUCGCAGCCUGGCCAGGCCACACCCAAACCGGCAGCUCAGGUCUCCACUGUGAAACCUGCACUGUUCGAGAAAACAUCAUCAGGAUCCGCCAUGGCUACAAAGCCUGGGGUGGGUACUACAGCAGCAGGCGGAGCCACACAAAGUGGCGUCACAGCAGGAGGAAGUGCUUCAAUUGGGAAAGCAGGAAAAGCCAAACCAGAGACUAACACUACGCCGACAGGUGCUACUGUUAUUGACAUGUCGUCAGCUGGGUCGACCUUUGUUGACAUGACAUCAGCUGGGGCGAGGGGCGGUCCUAAAGAGAUGUCAAAGACUGCUGCUGUCUCCCAAGUCAAAGCCUCAGCCACAGUUCCUUCUCCUGCUGCUGGCAUCGCAGCGACCACUGCUGUGACCAAACCUAAAGAGUCACCCAAAGGCACAGCCAAGAGUGCCACUGCUACCAAAACAGUCAAAGCUGAUGUGCAUAAAGUUGACCCUGCUAAAACAACAAAAGCGGUUGCCACGGCUGCGGCUGGAAACGUGUCUGUGCAGGGGAAGACAGAAGCUAAACCGACACAAACAAAGGUUCAGGUGGAGGUUCCUCCUGCUGCAGCUAAAGGAGCCAAAGAGGUGGAUCCAUUCGAUGCCCUCGCCAGCAUACUGCCGUCAGCUGAUAGUCUUGUACCCCAACAGCCUUUAUACACGGGGCCAGAGGUCCAAGAGCUUAACAUCACCUCUGAGAAGGGUCAAAAGUGUGGAGAAAGAGACAGCACGCUGCCUCCAGGAUACAGAUUUGAGGAUAUGCCUCCGGUUCCUGCAGAUGUUAAACCCAAGGACGUUCCUAAACCAAUGAGCACCGGCGAUGCCCUGGAGUCUCUUUCAGCUGGAUUCAUGACUUCAACUGUUCCGGCUGCACCCAAGAAGCAAGAGAAAAAGGAAUGUGUUGACAGUGUCAGUGCCUCAUCAGCUGGCCCUACUAACUUUGCUCCACCUCCUGUAAAGAAAUCUCAAACCCCUGCAGAAGUUUCCCCAGUUGCUGUGUGUCCUCCAGCUGAUAAAAAAGCCAAGAUGGAGAAAGUCUCAAGUGGUUUCUCUCUGAAUUCUGGACUGGAUACCAAAGUGGACACCAAACCUAAGACUGAUGGGGGUGACUCCAUGUCUCUGGACGCUCUCAGUGCUCUUGUUGACACGUUGCCAGAAGACAAACCAAAACCUGAACUUCCCAAACUCAGACCUGAGGACAUUGUCUCGGAGGACAAACACAAGAAGGAAAAGGGUGUGUUCGUGGGAGAGAGGGAUGACACACUUCCUCCAGAAUACAGGUUUAAUGAGGAAGAACUGAAAAAACUGCCUGCUCCAAAACCUGAGCCUACCUUGGGUACUGGUGAGGCUCUGGACUUUUUGUCUGGAGGCUUCAUGACCUCUGCAGCGGCGCCUGCUGUCCAGGCUCCUCCUCCAAAGAAAGCCCCUGCAGUUCCUCCUGUGGCUGUGUGCCCUCCUGCUGAUAAAAAAGCCAAGAUGGACAAAGUCUCUGAUGAUUUCUCUCUGGAGGCUGGACUUGAUUUCCUGACCGUCACGAAAGCAGAGCCCUCUUUGGCUGUAUGUCACAGUUCUCCUGCUGGUAAGAAACUCCAAACAGAGAAAACUGCUCCAGGAAAGGACGAGAUACAGGGUGACUCCAUGUCUCUGGAUGCUCUCAGCGCUCUUGUUGACACGUUGCCAGAAGACAAACCAAAACCCGAACUCCCCAAACUCAGACCUGAGGACAUCGUCUCGGAGGACAAACACAAGAAGGAGAAGGGCGUGCUUGUAGGAGAGAGAGAGGACUCAAUUCCUCCAGAAUACAGGUUCAAAGAGGACAAACUCAAAGAACUGCCCGCUCCAAAACCUGAGCCUACCAUGGCUACUGGUGACGCUCUGGACUUUUUGUCUGGAGGCUUCAUGACGUCUUCAUCAGCUCCUGUUGUCCAGACUCCUGUUAUCUGCCCCUCUGCUCCUCCUGCACAGACCAAAGUAGAGGAUUUGUCAGCUCUGGAUCUACUUUCUGGAGACUUUGUUGCUCCAACUAAAGCUUCUGCAGUUCAGGCACCUGCCCCUCCUACCAAGAAGACACCAGAGAAAACGGUUUGUCCUCGGGAGCAGCCCAACACAGCUGAUGUCCUCUGUGGACAACCACAACAAUCAAAACCAAAGACUGAUACGGGUGACGCUAUGUCUCUGGAUGCUCUCAGUGCUCUUGUUGACACGUUGCCAGAAGACAAACCAAAACCUGAACUCCCCAAACUCAGACCUGAGGACAUCGUCAUGGAGGACAAACACAAAAAGGAGAAGGGUGUGUUCGUUGGAGAGAGAGAUGACACAAUUCAUCCAGAUUACAGGUUUAAGGAGGAAGAUCUCAAAAAACUGCCUGCUCCUAAACCUGAGCCUACCAUGGCUACUGGUGACGCUCUGGACUUUUUGUCUGGAGGCUUCAUGACAUCUUCAUCAGCUCCUGCUGUCCAGGCUCCUGUUAUCUGCCCCUCUGCUCCUCCUGCACAGUCCUCUGCAGACUUGGCUCUGGAUGCCUUGGCGGGAGACUUUGUUUCCUCCUCUGCCGCACCGACAGUGAAGUCCGCUUGUGCUCCCACGAACACUGCCCCAGAGCUGUCCACUGGAGCAGGCAGUGCCCUGGAUGCUCUGUCAGACACCUUGAAGGAUAUUGCACCCACCCCUCAGCCCGCACCACCUCCCGCCAAAGACCUUGUCAAGGAGAAAAAGGUUGUUGAAGAGAGGCUGAUUAAAAUGGGGGAGAGAGAUGACUCACUGCCACCAGAGUAUCGACCCACAGAGGAAGACCUUAAGAAAAUGGCAGAAGCGAAGGCAAAAGCAGCUGCAGCACCCAAGGAGAAGACUAUGGAUGAUAAAACAGCCUUGGACCUGCUGUCCAGUGACUUCUCUGCUGCUCCCAAGCUGCUGCACCCGCCCGCUGCACCCGCUGCAUCAUCUGCUGUCACAACAAAGCUGGAACCUCCUGUGCUGGACUCAGAGCCCCUGAAGCCAAUGGCUGGUCCUGUUCUGGAUUCCCUGGCUGGCACUCUGCUCCCAGACACCCCAGAGUUCAAAUCUAAGACAGACAAACCAAAGGGCAAGAGCAAGUCAAAGUCAAAGUCUAAAAAACAACAUGCAGAGGAGCCAUCUGCCACUGAGCAGCUACCAGCUCAGCUAAGCUCAGACGUUGUGCCAAAAUCUACAAAGAAGGGAGGCAGGAGCUAGAGCCUCUGGUUAGGUUGCCAGCGCCAUUUGUCCUCCCGACCACAGGGACUCAUCAGUGAGGGAGCUGCUUUCUGGAUAAUGAUUCUAUUUUUUCUAAAUCGCCAAGAUUGUAUAGUGGAUAAAAGACAAACUUUGACAUACCCAUAACACUUGCUCAGCACACACACACACACACACACACACACACACACACACCUCUGCAUGCGGUGCCUUUUUUGCUCGGUUUGACGUGUAUACACGUGAGGAGACGGUUUUGGUUUCAGUCUUUGGAGAAAAAUAAAAAGACUUGUAACAAGGUGGAGAAUGAAAGAGUGAGUGAAAGGGGGGAGACUGAAGAAAGAGACUAGUUUAAGUCAAGUGAAAGUCGUUGCUUGUUGGCUGGUGUGUCGAGGGUGCCGAGCGAAGGAAGGUGCUUCUCUUCAGAGCCCUCCAUGUACAUCUCAGAUGAUAGAUUUUCCAUCAACACAAUAUCACAGCAUACUGCCUAUCUAAGCCUGGUGGUGUUGUGAUGUUGGCUGAAGCAGUGGUAACCGUCAGCUUUCACGUGAGCAGUACGAAGUGGGUGUAUAGUAUCGGGAUGUUUGUGCAAUCUUGUUGAACACAGAAAAGCCAAGUUUUCUAUCAUGAUGUGGUCAGACGCCAUUAAGACACUAUUGUACAGCUUAGUUUGCUUAUAUUUUGGUCAACAUAUAGUUUACCUAAUUAAAUUUGUGGAGAAUUUACAGGAAGUGUUCUGCUUAAAUCUGUUUCUGAGAGCUUUUGGCAAAUACCUUUCUCUGGAUUGGUAUGGAUUUGGACUUGUAGAAAAAAUAAUGCUGGUGUCUAGAAGUGCUCUUAGUGAACUGAGGUGGUUACAAGCUCUGUUGACUGCCUUUGUUUGUAUACUGUACAAAAAAAGAAGAAAAAAAAAAGUUUUUUGCUCUAUAUAAGACAACACUGUAUAAUUUACAAAGGGCUUUCAACUGUAAAGUCAAAAACAAUAUACUGUCCCCAAGUUUGUUUUUUUCAUGUCAAAGGUUUUGUGUGGGGGUGAGUCAAAAGAUCUGAGAGGUAUUUUAGAUGUGGGAGUACUAAUUAAA